UCUCUUUCACUGCACUUAUAAACUAUUACUACAUUUUUCUCUACAAUGGCUGAGCUAUCUCUGGAUUGCAAUGAUGGUGCAUCAACUGUGAUGGUUCCUCAGCAUACAGGUCAUGGCCAUGAAUCAACGGCUGCAGUGAAGUUGCAGAAAGUGUACAGGAGUUAUAGAACCCGGCGUAGGCUAGCAGACUCGGCUGUGGUUGCUGAGGAGCUAUGGUGGCAAGCUAUAGAUUAUGCAAGGUUGAAUCAUAGUACGAUUUCGUUCUUCGAUUAUCAUAAAUCUGAAACCGCAGCCUCACGGUGGAGUAGGAUCAGCUUAUUUGCAUCCAAGCUGGGGAAGGGAUUAUCAAAGGAUGCUAAGGCACAAAAGUUAGCUUUCCAACAUUGGAUCGAAGCGAUUGAUCCAAGACAUCGGUAUGGCCAUAAUCUGAACUAUUACUAUGAUGAGUGGUGUAGAGGUGAUGCAGGACAGCCCUUUUUCUACUGGUUGGACGUUGGAGAUGGCAAGGAAGUUGAUCUCAAGGAUUGUCCAAGAUCAAGGCUGCAACAAGAAUGCAUCAAGUAUCUUGGACCGCAAGAGAGGGAACACUUCGAAUAUAUCAUUUGUGAAGGGACCUUGGUGCACAGAGGAACAGGAUCUCUUCUUGAUACAAAUCAAGGAAUGGAAGAUUCCAAAUGGAUUUUCGUGAUGAGCACAUCGAAGAAACUUUAUGCUGGCGAGAAGAAGAAGGGAUUAUUUCAUCAUUCCAGCUUCCUUGCCGGAGGGGCCACCUUGGCUGCCGGAAGACUUAGAGCAGAACAUGGAAAGCUCAAGUCUGUAUCGGCAUACAGCGGACAUUACCGUCCAACCAAUGAGAACCUUGGCAGCUUCCUCACCUUCCUUAAGGAAAGUGGAGUUGCCCUUGAUGGAGUUCAGGUACUUUCUCCCAUGGUAGACAAUGAGAGCUAUGGUUUGAGCAAAUCAAUUCAACCUGGAAGAACAUACGGACAAACAAAAGCUGAAAACCCUGAGCUUCAUGCUUCCAGGGUGGAAGAAAGCAAUCAACAGUCUGAAUCAUGUACAUUUUCUGAAACUAAAAGAAUAAGUAGUUACCAAAGAACCAUAUCCAGAAAUCUCUUCAACCUCCGAACAAGUGUCCCUAAGAAAGAAAUAUUGCAAAGGAUCAACUCCAAGAAGGAAGCAAGUUCAUGUCAACUAGGAGACCAACUGUCUUUUAAGUGGUCAACAGGAGCAGGCCCCAGGAUUGGAUCUGUUGCAGACUACCCUCUGAAGUUAAGGCUACAAGCACUAGAAUUUGUAAGCCUCUCGCCUAGGGCUUCCCUCACGGCAUCCCCAUCGGAACCUCCAUCAGGUCUCACAUCAUUUACAACUUCUUGCAGGAUAAUGUGACCGGCAUUGUAAGUCUGUCGUUCUUAAAGAAUGUGACUCUAAAACCACUGCACUCAAGCACAAGAAUAUAUAUGAAUAGUACUUUACAGGAUUGACCACCCUGGUUUUUCUUUUGGGUUCAUACAUGUGCUAGGAUACAUAGUCUCAGGGAAGACAAAGUAAACUCGGAAUGUUGUAAAGGAAAAGUACCUCAG